CGACUUCUUUGAGUGGUAUAACCUCGAGGCGCCUGUUGGCCCUCUUUCAACCUCACACGGCUCGCUUCAGCCAGGACCGUCUUGGACUCGACAAAGCCCAACUAUACUCGGAGUCCCGAGCUGGAAACACCAGAAGCCCGCCCACUUCCUCAUCUCCUUACACUAUAUCCACAUCCUCGAGCCAUUAUGUAUUCGACACGCUUGAUCAACUUCCUCAUAGUAGCACUCUCCAUUUUCUCCAUCGCCCAGGCAACGUUCGCUGCCGCCACGGUCACGGCCCGAAAUGAGCAUGAGAUUGUGAGAAGACAAGGCCGGGGCGGUGAUGAUGAUAGAUCAAGCGUCACGGCUGAUGCCAGCCCUUCCGACCCGCCGCUGUCGUCGACGCCGGACACAUCGAGCCCACCCGGGCCUACGUCACCGACCGACACACCGUCACCGACAGAUACCGGAACUUCAAAGCCUCCUCCGUCAUCCACUCCAACUUCCUCGAAGACUAGCAACUCGCCCACACCUACAAAGACAAGCUCGACCACGAAGGAAACCACGUCUUCAUCUAGCUCCACGUCGUCAAUCCCAAUUUCAACAAUCACCCACGUUGUCACUGCGACGAAUCCCGAUGGAUCCAGGACAACCUACACCACCCAAUCCACCUCGACCCCGACUGCUGGUCUGCAAGACGGGUCGAGCAAGGGUACGUCGUCGGGCAUGUCCAAGUCAACCCGCAACAUUGUUAUCGGGGUCGUGGUGGGCGUCGGUGGUGCUAUUGUUUUGGGAGGGAUUGCUCUGGUCGCCUGGAGAAUCUGGGGGCGCAAGAAGAACCAGGCAGAGAACGAUGGCUUGAUGGAUUACAACGGAGGAUAUAGCAACCCGGUGGAGAAGACCGAACCGACCGCCUCUCCCAGCGGCCGAUCUCCAUUCCAGAGCACGCUUGAGAGCUAUCACGCGCCGACGCAGGUGAACACGGCAUCGAACUUCUGAUCCUGAUACCUACCCAAGCCAACAAGCCAGCC